UAUAUAUUAUUGAUUUUCUGGUCCAGGCAGCUUCAGCUUUUGCUCAUGAUCAGAAAGUAAAAUGUAGCAAAAAUAUUUGUCUGUAAAGAAAACCUCGUUUGAUUUAUUGUUAAUCAAAAUGAAUUUUCAUUGUAAUACACUGUGCGUGAAAAUAAAAUACCGCCCUAAACAAUGUUAAAUAAAAAUAAACAAAUUUAAAAAAAAUGUAAUUAGGAAAAUUUAAUAAACUAAAUAAAAAUGAUGUUGGGACGUAAACAGAGUUUAAAGGGGGAGCCUGUGCUGGCUGAUUAUGGCCCCGAUGAAGCAUUUAAUGAAAGUGCUGAUAUCGAAUGGGUAAAUAAGAGAUGGGUUAGAAGAUUAAUGAGAUUAUGUGCUUUACUAAGUUUGGCUUCUGUUAGUUGCAAUACUCCGAAAACCUUUGAGAAAUUUUAUUUUAUGCAAACUUUAACGUUCAGUAUUGACUGUGUUGUAACAUUUUUGUUUUCUGCUGAGAUGAUUGCCAAAAUGCAUAUUAGAGGAAUAUUGAAGGGAGAACGGCCAUAUUUCAAGGACCACUGGUGUCAAUUUGAUGGUAGUAUGGUGUUUUUUCUUUGGCUAUCCGUUAUUUUGCAAACAUUGGAGGUAAUGGAAAUUGUAGACAUAUACACGUAUUUCUCUGUGAUCCGAGCACCAAGACCUUUGAUAAUGAUCAGAUUUUUGAGAGUGUUUUUGAAAUUCUCCAUGCCAAAAUCAAGGAUCAAUCAAAUUUUCAAGCGCUCGAGUCAGCAAAUCUAUAACGUCACGUUAUUUUUUUUGUUCUUCAUGUCUUUGUAUGGUCUACUGGGUGUGCAAUUUUUUGGGGAGUUGAAAAAUCACUGUGUUACAGAAAACACAUCGGAUCCGAUGAAAGUUACGUUAAACAGCUUGGCUAUCCCAGACACUUUUUGUUCAGUGGAUCCAACCUCAGGUUACCAAUGUCCCAAAGGUAUGAAAUGCAUGAAACUGGAAGGGGUUUCAAGAUACACCAUUGGAUUUAACGGUUUUGACGAGUUCGUUACCAGUUUCUUCACUGUGUACCAGGCGUCGUCUCAAGAAGGAUGGGUUUUUAUAAUGUACAGGGCGAUAGAUUCUCUACCGGGAUGGAGAGCCAUCCUGUAUUUCAGCACCAUGAUCUUCUUUCUAGCUUGGCUGGUAAAAAACGUUUUCAUUGCCGUUAUAACGGAAACUUUCAACGAAAUCAGAGUGCAGUUUCAACAGAUGUGGGGGGUACGGGGACACAUUCAAAAUAGUUCAGCUUCACAGAUUCUCAUAGGCGACGACAGGGGUUGGAAGUUAGUGACCCUGGACGAAAACAAACACGGGGGCCUCGCCCCGGAGUUUUGCCACAAAAUUUUGGCCUCGCCCCAUUUCAGGCUUCUCGUGAUGGGAAUAAUACUAGCGAACGCGAUAGUAACGGCUACGAUGAACUUCAAACACGACCAGAGACCCAGACACGUUUUCUACGAGAAUUACUACUACAUGGAGCUGGGUUUCACAGCUCUGCUGAACCUGGAGACGAUCUUCAAAGUGUGGUGUUUGGGUUGGAGGGGGUACUGGAAGCACUCCAUACACAAGUUCGAGUUAUUGCUCGCCAUAGGUACAACCUUGCACAUCAUACCGGGAUUCUACAUGUCCGGGUUCACCUAUUUCCAAGUGCUGAGAGUGGUGAGACUCAUCAAGGCUUCGCCUCUGCUGGAGGACUUCGUGUACAAAAUCUUCGGUCCGGGGAAAAAGUUGGGCAGCUUGAUCAUCUUCACCAUGUGCUUGCUGAUAAUAUCUUCGAGCAUUUCGAUGCAGCUUUUCUGUUUUCUCGACUUCACCAAGUUCGAAACGUUCGCGGAGGCUUUCAUGUCCAUGUUCCAGAUUCUCACCCAGGAAGCAUGGGUGGAAGUCAUGGACGAGACGAUGCUACGUACAAGAUCCAUGUUGACGCCUCUUGUGGCUUUGUACUUCAUUCUGUACCAUCUGUUUGUCACGUUGAUUGUGUUAAGUUUGUUCGUGGCCGUAAUUUUGGAUAACUUGGAAUUGGAUGAAGACAUAAAAAAAUUGAAGCAGUUGAAGUACAGGGAACAGAGCGCUGAAAUCAAGGAGACUCUCCCGUUCAGGUUGAGGAUUUUCGAAAAAUUCCCCGAUAGCCCCCUUAUGGUGACUCUCCACAAAGUGCCAUCCGAUUUUAGCUUGCCAAAGAUAAGGGAGAGUUUCAUGCGGCAAUUUGUGUACGAAAAUGAGGAGGACGAGAAUUUGGAGGGUGGUAUAAAAAAAUUAAACGAGGAUGUGUUCGAUACCAAGGUUAUAUACCGCAAACAAAAACCUUUAAGAGUGCUAAGUAAGUUACCGAAGGUACGCGUCGUGAAUAUAUCCCUAAAGAAAACCUCAAUUUCUCAAAUAAUAAACGAUUCAAACAACCAACGACUGAUGCUUGGAGACUCCUCCAUUAUACCAGUGCCGGGCGUAAAAGGCCAGUUAAAACCACAGGGCACAAUUAACAGCAUGAAACAGUUACGUAUUGAUCAUAAGAAAUUCGGUUCGAGAUCCAUAAGACGAAGCGUUCGAAGCGGUUCUAUUAAGCUAAAGCAAACGUACGAACACUUAAUGGAAAACGGGGACAUUGGGGUUAAUAGAGUAACCUCAAAUCGAGCCAGACCGCAUGAUUUGGAUAUUAAGUUGUUACAAGCGAAAAGACAGCAAGCCGAAAUGAGAAGAAAUCAAAGGGAAGAAGAUUUAAGAGAGAACCAUCCCUUUUUCGACACACCUCUAUUCGCUGUACCUAGGGAGAGCAGGUUCAGAAAACUUUGCCAAUUGAUUGUGUACGCUAGGUACGAUGCUAGGCUGAAAGAUCCACUAACAGGCAAAGAAAGAAAAGUCCAAUACAAGAGUUUGCACAAUUUCUUGGGACUGGUGACCUAUUUGGAUUGGCUCAUGAUAACAAUGACAACCCUGUCGUGUCUUUCGAUGAUGUUCGAAACCCCGUUCUACAGAGUGAUGGAGAAUGUGAGCCUCCAAAUUGCGGAAUAUUGCUUCGUGAUAUUCAUGAGCAUAGAGUUGGCUCUAAAAAUUCUAGCGGAUGGAUUGUUUUUCACGCCCAAAGCGUACGUUAAAGACGUUGCCGCUCUUCUAGACGUUUUUAUCUACUUGGUGAGCUUGAUAUUUCUAUGCUGGAUGCCUCAAAGUGUUCCUCCCAAUUCGGGGGCGCAGCUUUUGAUGAUACUGCGAUGCCUGAGGCCUUUGAGGAUAUUCACGCUUGUGCCUCACAUGAAGAAAGUCGUCUAUGAGUUGUGCAGAGGCUUUAAAGAGAUACUAUUGGUAUCCACGCUUUUGAUCUUGCUGAUGUUUAUAUUUGCCAGCUACGGCGUUCAGUUGUAUGGAGGGAGAUUGGCCAGAUGCAACGACCCCAGCAUAGCGAAGCGGGAAGAUUGCACUGGAAUAUUUUUGAGAAGGGUUUUCGUGACUAAAAUGAAGUUUAUACCAGGAGAGGGUGAAGGCUAUCCGGCCAUUUUGGUACCGAGAGUUUGGGCCAAUCCAAGAAGAUUUAAUUUUGAUAACAUUGGCGAUGCCAUGUUAACUCUAUUUGAGGUUUUAUCUUUCAAAGGUUGGCUGGAUGUCAGAGAUGUUUUGAUUAAAGCACUUGGACCGGUUCAUGCCAUAUACAUCCACAUAUACAUUUUCUCUGGAUGUAUGAUUGGUUUGACACUAUUCGUUGGUGUAGUCAUUGCAAACUAUUCGGAAAACAAAGGAACUGCUUUGCUUACUGUCGAUCAACGUAGAUGGUGCGAUUUGAAAAAACGACUAAAAAUCGCUCAGCCACUUCAUCUUCCUCCAAGACCUGACGGGAAAAAAUUCAGAGCCUUUAUAUAUGACAUCACACAAAACAUCAAAUUUAAGAGAUGUGUAGCUGUGAUGGUCUUGAUAAAUAGUGCGUUAUUGGGAGUAACAUGGAACAAAGAUGACUCUCACACCGACGUUCUGGCAACAGUUGGAAUGUUCUGCACCUUUAUAUUUUUAGUGGAGGUGGUGAUGAAAAAUAUUGCUUUCACACCAAGGGGAUAUUUGCAGUCCAGAAGAAACCGUUACGAUCUUUUCGUUACCGUUACAGGUGUAACCUGGAUGUUUUUCCAUACAAUGUUCAAGAAUGAGUUGACCUAUUUUAUCGGCUUCAUGGUUGUCAUACUGAGAUUUUUUACCAUAACCGGAAAACACGCGACUUUAAAAAUGCUGAUGUUAACCGUGGGUGUUUCCGUUUGCAAAAGUUUCUUCAUUAUUUUCGGGAUGUUCCUGCUAGUAUUCUCGUACGCACUUGCUGGAACAAUUAUUUUUGGUACUGUUAAAUACGGCGAAGGAAUUGGAAGGCGGGCAAAUUUUCGGUCUCCCGUAACAGGCGUCGCCAUGUUGUUCCGUAUUGUAACAGGGGAAGACUGGAACAAAAUCAUGCAUGACUGCAUGAUACAGCCGCCAUACUGUACGCCAGCUGAAAACUACUGGCAAACUGACUGCGGCAACUUUACUGGGUCAUUGAUCUACUUCUGCACAUUCUAUGUUAUUAUAACGUACAUCGUUCUGAACUUACUAGUGGCUAUUAUCAUGGAGAACUUCUCCCUCUUCUAUUCUAACGAAGAGGACGCUUUGUUAUCCUACGCGGACAUAAGGAACUUUCAGAACACCUGGAACAUAGUCGACAUACAUCAAAGAGGCGUAAUCCCUGUCCGUAGAGUAAAAUUUAUUCUGCGACUGCUAAAAGGACGAUUGGAAGUCGACCCUCAAAAAGACAGGCUACUUUUUAAACACAUGUGCUACGAAUUGGAGAGGCUACACAAUGGGGAGGACGUUACGUUCCAUGACGUCAUAAAUAUGUUGUCUUAUCGGUCAGUGGAUAUAAGGAAAGCACUGCAACUGGAAGAAUUGCUUGCUAGAGAAGAGUUUGAGUACAUAAUUGAGGAAGAGGUUGCCAAACAAACUAUAAGGACUUGGUUGGAGGGUUGUUUGAAGAAAAUUAGAUCAACCAGCAACAAACAAAACAGCCUUAUAGCCGGUCUAAGGGCCACCAACGAAGCGGCAAAUCUAGCGGACGCUGCUGAAGAAAGUAAAAAUAACACCCCUGAUAAGGAGGAUGAAGAAGAUAGAAAAGAAAGUGAAGGCCCCAAAAAGCAAAAAACCACGACGCUGCCCAGAUCCGACAGCGUUGGAAGCAGUUCGGGGCGAAAGUACCUGGCACCGACCCUGUCGGAUCCGUCUGCUAGACAGGAGAAAGAGAGAAUAUCGAUGAAGAAGAAGAACACCAGACAGACAGUGAACAAAAAUCUGACUCACUUGAACGAGGCAGAAGCCAACCGGAUGCCCCGUGAGGUUUUUAACAACAAAACGGCCGUUCCCAAGGCUUCGAACGCAAUACACGAGAUACGCGAUUGGUGGAAUGAACAGUUGGCCUACGCCUCUCAAUCCAGUGAUGAAGAUUAAUUAGAUAUUUGAUGAAAAUAGUUUUUUUGUUGAAUUGUUGUUUGUUUAAAUCGGUUGAUAGUCUUUAGAUAAAUUAUAUUGUGAUUAUAAUGUAGAAUCAUAUAGGUACAAAUUUUUUAAAGGUUAUGUUAUUUAUAUUAUUUUCUUUACCUUUGUAGACAAUUAUAAUAAAAAUAAUAAAAAAAGUAUAUUGUAUGGUUAACAAUGAAAUAAAUAGAUAAAAAUAGCGUUACAAUUUAAAUACCUACGUAGUGUUAAAAAUCUUGAAUUAGUUAUACUAUAUUUAAACGAAUUAUUUAAAAAAUUGUACAAAAGAGUAACAUUUAUUUUUGAAAUAUUUUUAACAACAGAUUUCAACUCUUU